ACAUUGAAAUGGAUGGACACCUGAACGCCAGUGACUCUUGCUGAGGAAUGUGGUGUUUUCUUGAAACCUCUACUUUUGCAAAGCUCUCUACCAACCAACAACAACUGUCUAAAUCUCUUGACAGUAGAGUAGCGUUAUGCUAGUCAACCAUUAGCACUGACACAGAAACCAGAGCCGCUUCCAGAAUGCCUGUUCAAGCGUCGCAGUGGACAGAAUUCCUUUCUUGUCCCAUCUGCUACAAUGAGUUUGAUGAGAACGUGCACAAACCCAUCAGUUUGGGCUGUGGGCAUACUGUCUGCAAGACCUGUCUGAAUAAACUACAUCGCAAGGCAUGCCCCUUUGAUCAGACCGCCAUCAACACAGACAUCGAUGUUCUUCCUGUAAAUUUUGCACUUCUUCAGUUAGUUGGUGCACAGGUCCCAGACCAGCAGACAGUCAAUCUGAGUAACUUGGCUGAAAAUAAACAUUAUGAAAUUGCAAAGAAGUGUGUGGAGGAGCUGGCUCUCUACUUGAAACCGCUUAGUGGAGGAAAGGGUGUUGCAAGUUUAAAUCAAAGUGCACUGAGUCGGCCAAUGCAACGGAAAUUGGUUACCCUGGUUAACUGUCAGUUGGUAGAGGAAGAAGGUCGUGUUCGGGCAAUGCGAGCAGCAAGAUCACUAGGCGAAAGGACAGUUACUGAGCUUAUUCUGCAGCAUCAGAACCCCCAGCAGUUAUCAGCCAAUUUGUGGGCAGCCGUUAGGGCCCGAGGUUGCCAGUUUUUGGGGCCAGCCAUGCAGGAAGAAGCUCUAAAACUGGUAUUGCUUGCAUUGGAAGAUGGGUCAGCACUCUCGAGGAAAGUGCUGGUUCUCUUUGUUGUUCAGAGGCUUGAACCACGGUUCCCUCAGGCGUCUAAAACUAGUAUUGGGCAUGUGGUCCAACUCUUGUACCGUGCUUCAUGUUUCAAGGUAACAAAAAGGGAUGAAGACUCUUCUCUGAUGCAACUAAAAGAGGAGUUUCGUACCUAUGAAGCUUUGCGUAGAGAGCACGAUGCACAGAUUGUUCACAUUGCCAUGGAGGCAGGACUUCGAAUUUCACCUGAACAAUGGUCUUCCCUUCUGUAUGGAGACUUGGCACACAAGUCACAUAUGCAGUCCAUAAUUGAUAAGCUCCAGUCGCCCGAAUCGUUUGCCAAAAGCGUUCAGGAAUUGACAAUUGUCCUGCAGAGGACCGCGGAUCCAGCUAAUUUGAACCGACUCAGACCACAUCUUGAACUUUUGGCAAAUAUUGAUCCCAACCCAGAUGCUGCACCUCCAACAUGGGAGCAGCUGGAGAAUGCGAUGGUUGCUGUGAAGACAGUGGUCCAUGGCCUUGUGGAUUUUAUCCAGAACUUUAGCAAGAAGGGUCAUGAAACACCACAGCCACAGCCAAACAGCAAAUACAAAACCAGCAUGUGCCGAGACCUGCGACAACAGGGAGGCUGCCCACGGGGAGCUAAUUGUACAUUUGCUCAUUCCCAGGAGGAGCUGGAAAAGUAUCGGAUGCGGAAUAAGAAGAUCAAUGCUACCAUCAGGCCCUUUCCUCUGCUGAACAAACCUGGAAUCACUAAUCUAGCCACCACUUCUGCAGGCAGUAUAGUGUCUGUAACAGGAAUCACAGAAGCCACUGUGAAAAUGGUGCAGAUAUCAAACGGGAUCAUAAGUCCAGAAAGUAGUACCCCACAACUAAUACCACGCUGUGCAGAUACCUCGUCCUCUUUGGAGAUUGCUAAAAAAAUUGGACAAAGCAAUUUGAGUACACCUGGAUCACUAUCUGGUUCACCACCAGAAAAUAGAAUUGGGUCUCCUCCCAAGACGGCUCUCAAUCAGAUGUCCUCUACCUCGGCUAUAAUGUCUUCACGUAUUGGACCAGAUGCUUCACUACCCCCAUCAAAGCCUGGCCAGUUUGUGCCGAGAGUAUCUGUGUAUCCAUCCCAACAACCUGAUGUGUAUUAUCCAGACCCAAGGGCACCAGUUUCAUAUGAACUGCCUCCUUAUCACCAACCAGGAGGAUAUUAUCCCCCACAUCCUGGUUUACCAUCUGGAGUGACUGCUUGCCUUCCUCGCUACGCACGUCCGAAUAACAUCCCCGAAUCCUCACUUGCACCCACUGUGCCCUACCCUGAACACUGCACUGCAUAUCCACCUCGGGAACGGUUGGCAGCUUCUCCUUAUCCAUCAGGACCUGCUCAACAAUAUGGCUCCGUCCCCGCUAUCCACUCUGGGAUGUAUGCACCAGUCUAUGACAGCAGGCGCAUGUGGAGACCACAAAUGUAUCAACGGGAUGAUGUUAUGCGGAGCAAUUCUUUACCUCCGAUGGAUGUGGUGCCUUCGCCUGCCUAUCAGCCUCCUCCACGGGAACGAUACAGCUCACUUGAUGGGUAUUAUUCGAUACCUGGACCACCAUUAAAUGAACCAAGGAGUGUCACCAUGCAGAGGGACCUGUACAGCCGGUCACAGCCCUCGGGCUUUGAUGACCCAUUAAGACGGAAGGUCGAUCAAUGGGUACACUAUCCAACUCCAAAACCACCUCCAGUCUCGUCCACACUGUCCACAGUAGCCCAACCCUCUGCUCCUCCAUCACCGCUGUUUAGUGUCGACUUUAGCUCAGAGUUCUCUGAGAAUCCCAGCGAUUUGUGUGUAGGCACUAAAUUUGAGGAUCAGCACAUGUCCCAGUAUUCUCCAUGGUCCUGUGGGACUAUCAGCUCUUGCAUUAGUGCAAUGGAGCCUGAUCCAAAAGACGUCAUGGCAACGACCAAUGUGGAGAUAAUGGACCUUGAUGUGAAAAGACGGCUAAAUCUAUUUGACCCUCAGAGAAGAGGCAAAGAUGAAGAUCCCAUAAUUCCAUUUGGUGAUGGACCGAUCAUCUCGAAGUGGGGUGCGAUUUCUCGGUCUGCACGCACAGGCUAUCACAACACUGAUCCGAUCCAGGCCACAGCUUCCCAAGGAAGUGCCACCAAGCCUAUCAGUGUAACUGACUAUAGUUCCUAUGUGAGCCAUACAGAUUCCAGUAGUUGGAGUUCCUCUGCCCUUUCAUAUGGAUCAGAUUCUACUCCACCUGCUCAAUACCUUGACAGGGACCGACUGGGAGCGGCAGAUCUAUCAGCCCACAGGAAACAUCCUAAUGGUGGAGAUCAGCUAAGUAUUGAGCUGCAGCAGGGUGAAUUUUCGGAAGAUUCAGGCGACACCAGGCCGGAUCGGGAUAUCGAACUGGAGCUUUCUGCUCUAGAUACUGAUGAACCUGAUCUUAAUCAAGAUGAGGAAAUAGAAGAUGUCCUAGAUCGACAGUUGGGUAUCAGCUCCCAAGGUGAUCCAACCAGUCACAUGAUGUCUGAGAACGAACAUCACCACAAACACCGAGGUGAGGAGCAGGAGGAGCAGGGCCGCAGGAUCGCAGAGCAGAUCGCAAUCACAGAGGAACAGAAGGUGAUCCUACCUAGAACGUCCUGCUUCAAUCAGCCCAUCACAGCGUCAGUUGGCAUCAGCACCUCCCCAGCUAUGUCUGCAUCCAUUAGCAUUAAUAACCUGCUUCUGAAAACCUCUGCUCACAGGCUAUCAGAGGACGGGAACGAUAUGAAACCUGCAACAAACGGCGAGGCUCUAGUUAAUGGGAGCUGAAGGGCUUGAUGCUUGCACCGACAUCUAAAAGCAAUUCAUUUUGCUUUCUAAUAUAAUAUAACAUAAUAUAUAUGUGUGUGUGU